GAGGGAGGGCGGGCAAAGGGCGGGGCCGCAGUGUGCCGGGGGCGGGGCUCUCGUGCCGGUCACGUGAGGGCCCCGGCGGCGGCGGCGGUGGCCGCGGCGUCUUCAGCGGCUCCCAGUGCAGGAUGGUGCUGGAAGCGGCGGCGGCCGUGGUGGCGGCGGCGUUCCUGGCGUCUGCGGGAGGGGGAGCAGUGGCGGCAGCGGUGCCCGCGGGCGGUAUAAAAUGGCGGAUUUCGAAGAGUUGAGGUGCUUCCUCAUGUCGUCGAGAGAAAGCGUGGUCUUUUGGGAACACUGCCUUCAAUCCUCGGCCUUAAACCUUGGUGUUUUCUUAGUGGCAGGAGUUGCUGUUCCAUUUUACAUCCCUACCAGCAAUAUAUGGAGUGAUCCAGUUUCUCUGCAUCUUAGCCACCAUUUGACGUUAUCACUGUUUUUCAUUUUAGCCAUUCUGAAUAUGGUUUCUAGUUUUAGAGUUUCUGAACUACAAGUAUUACUAGGCUUUGCUGGACGGAAUAAAAGUGGACGCAAGCAUGACCUCCUGAUGAGGGCCCUGCAUUUAUUGAAGAGCGGCUGCAGCCCUGUGGUUCAGAUUAAAAUCCGAGAAUUAUAUAGACGCCGAUAUCCACGGACUCUUGAAGGGCUCUCUUCUGAUUUAUCUACAAUCAAAUCAUCAGUUUUCAGUUUGGAUGGUAGCUCAUCACCUGUAGAACCGGAUUUGGCUGUGGCUGGAAUCCACGCAUUGCCUUCCACUUCAGUAACAUCUCACUCACCGUCCUCUCCUGUUGGUUCUGUGCUACUUCAAGAUACUAAGCCCACUUUUGAGAUGCAGCAACCAUCUCCUCCAAUUCCUCCUGUCCAUCCUGAUGUGCAGUUAAAAAACCUGCCUUUUUAUGAUGUCCUUGAUGUUCUCAUCAAGCCCACAAGUUUAGUUCAAAGCAGUAUUCAACGAUUUCAAGAGAAAUUCUUUAUUUUUGCUUUGACACCUCAACAGGUUAGAGAAAUAUGCAUAUCGAGGGACUUUUUGCCAGGGGGUCGGAGAGAUUAUACAGUUCAAGUUCAGCUGAGACUUUGCCUGGCAGAGACAAGUUGUCCUCAAGAAGAUAACUAUCCCAAUAGUCUGUGUAUAAAAGUAAAUGGGAAGCUGUUUCCUUUGCCUGGCUAUGCACCACCACCUAAAAAUGGGAUUGAGCAGAAGCGCCCUGGACGCCCCUUGAAUAUUACAUCUUUAGUUAGAUUGUCUUCAGCUGUGCCAAACCAGAUUUCUAUUUCUUGGGCAUCUGAAAUUGGAAAGAAUUAUUCCAUGUCUGUAUAUCUUGUACGACAGCUGACAUCAGCCAUGUUAUUACAGAGAUUAAAAAUGAAAGGUAUUAGAAAUCCUGAUCAUUCCAGAGCACUAAUUAAAGAAAAACUUACUGCAGAUCCUGAUAGUGAAAUUGCUACAACUAGUCUUCGAGUGUCCUUGACGUGCCCUCUAGGAAAAAUGAGACUAACAAUCCCAUGCCGUGCAGUGACAUGUACACAUCUGCAGUGUUUCGAUGCUGCCCUUUAUCUACAAAUGAAUGAAAAGAAGCCCACCUGGAUUUGUCCUGUGUGUGACAAAAAAGCUGCCUACGAAAGUCUAAUAUUAGAUGGGCUUUUUAUGGAAAUUCUCAAUGACUGUUCUGAUGUGGAUGAGAUCAAAUUCCAAGAAGAUGGUUCUUGGUGUCCAAUGAGGCCGAAGAAAGAAGCUAUGAAAGUAUCCAGCCAACCAUGUGCAAAAAUAGAAAGUUCCAGUGUCCUCAGUAAACCUUGUUCAGUUACUGUAGCCAGUGAGACAAGCAAGAAGAAAGUGGAUGUUAUCGACCUAACAAUAGAAAGCUCUUCUGAUGAAGAGGAAGACCCUCCUGCCAAAAGGAAAUGCAUCUUUAUGUCAGAAACACAAAGCAGCCCAACCAAAGGGGUUCUCAUGUAUCAGCCAUCUUCUAUAAGGGUGCCCAGUGUGACGUCAGUUGAUCCUGCUGCUAUUCCACCUUCAUUAACAGACUACUCUGUGCCAUUCCACCACACGCCAAUAUCAAGCAUGUCAUCAGAUUUGCCAGGUUUGGAUUUUCUUUCCCUUAUUCCAGUUGAUCCCCAGCAGUACUGUCCUCCUAUGUUUUUGGAUAGUCUCACCUCACCCUUAACAGCAAGCAGUACGUCUGUCACCACCACCAGCCCCCAUGAAAGCAGUACUCAUGUUAGUUCAUCCAGAAGCAGGAGUGAGACAGGGGUCAUAACCAGCAGUGGAAGUAGCAUUCCCGACAUCAUCUCAUUGGACUAAAGAAGGACGCACUUGAUUCUGGGAAUCAUUCAUCAAAACUGCUUUUUCUUGGAUCUCUGGUCCAUGGAAGCUAAUUUUUUUUUUUUUUUUUUUUGGCAAUUUGAUAUUUAUUGAAACAUCAGAUGGAUUCUUUCGCUUUCUGAGAGAUGAACGUAGAUGACAGCAGCAAGAACUUAAUGACAGGCAAGGACUCUUAUACAUGCCAUGUGCUAAGCAUCAGAUAUAUUCUGCCAUAAACAGUGUCUUGAGCAGUGGAUUUCAAUUUCGUAUGUUACUGGAUGGAUUCUACAAAUUAUUUUAAAAUUUUUGUUACAAACAGCAAUAAAAAUCAUGUAAAUAUUUAAACUUUUCUAAUUAAAAAAUGUAAUCACUGAUUCUAGAAUGAUAGCAACUUCUGUUUAACUCAAUGUGGAAGAAAAAAAAUAUAUGGAAAGAAGUCAUGUUUGCUAAAUGAAGCCGUUCCACAGAGAUUUAUGCUAUUUUAUUGAGGUAAUGAGGUCUCAGUCACUGGCCAGAGGUUGGGUUCCACUGCAAUGGAACUACAGUUCCACUUUUCUUCAUGAUUCCAUCAAAGAAAAAUGACCUCUGUGUUGUGUAUUUUCCCCCGGUUGUCAUUUAUACUUUGACACUGUUUGCUAAUGAAUGCAGAGUAAAGUUCUGACCUUUGGCUGCUCUUUAUUAGUGAUGAUGUUUAAGAACACUAUGCAUAUCCUGCCCUGACAUAAUGUUAUUUUUUGUUAACUGUACAUUCUCAUUCUAGAGUUUUCUAUACAUUUGAGGCUGCCUUCUUAGGAAAGAAAUUGUUUCCAGCCUUUGAGGUAAGGUGCAGUUGGAAAGUUUGUUAGAUUUUUUUUUCAUGAUGUCCGGAACAUAGUUUGAAGGCAGCAGCAGAACAGAUUUACGGAUAUGGUAAUAAGAAAAUUUACUUCUGAGAGCUUAUAGGAUAGUAUACACAUCUUCGUUGAAACUUUACACAUUUUAGUGGCACUGACAGAAAUUGUAUUUUAGAUCUCAUGUUGCUCAUCAGUGUUUUUUCUGCCUUAGCACUGAUUUUCAAAUUUAAGGAAAAGACAUGGGCAACAGCAUCAGAUUUCUUCUACCUUUUUAAAAAGGAAAUCUUGAUUGAAGAAAAAAAAAUUAAAAGGUCUGAAAUCACAAAAUGAGAAAUGAUUGAAGUGAGGAAGAGUUGGGAAGGGACAUGGAGUCCACCCACUUCAUGUCUCUCUCUACCCUGUGCUGCAACACUCCAUUCUGGUGGCUCUGCCAGCUGUAAUUUGAAAACCACUCCUGGUGUGUUUAAUUGUAAAUUGCUCAGAAAACUGAGUUUUACUUGUAGGGAGACAUUUUCAUCCAGGUUUUGUAGUUUGCUUCAUUUGGCUUCCUAAAGGAAAUUUUGAGUUCUGAAGGAUUUAGUACUUUGCUGAUGUUUAGCUUUCUCUUCUUUAGCUGUAUCCACUUUAAAACAGUCAUUCUUUUCAUGGCUAAUCUAACUGAUUUCUCUAGCUGACCUGCCAACAAGAGGACUCCACACUUCCAGUUUUAACCAGGGACACAUUACUUCAAAGUAGGUGUAACUUCGGGGAGCUGACUUCUUGUCUUUGCUUGUUUUUUUGUACCUCCUCAAGUUUCAUGGCCUUUGUGCACUCUGUUUAUGCUCUUUCAAUGUGUAGUUUUCCACAUUCCUUUGGCUCCAUCAUCCCCAUAUUUACUAUAGUACCCCUUAAGGAGAGCCACCUAUUAAAGGUGUAGAAACACAAAAGCAAUCUCAACUCUUCUAGCAGAGGUUGAACCAGUGUCAGCAGUUUUAACUUCUUAGCCACUAGGUUUGAGUCCAGGUUUUAUCCAGAGAUAAAAUUCUUUUCUACUAGAAAGAAAUGUGCUCUUAAGUAUGAAUGUAGUAUGUUAACUCCGUAUCAGAAAAAGUAACUUUAAUUGUGUGGUAUAAUUUGUUAAUAAGAAAUAAAGCAUAUUUCUUACUUGGUUACACUUUAGAUUAUCAAAGCCUCCCCCACUUUAACAUUUUAUAAAGAAAAUGAGAAGAUGAAUUGAAAUUAUUCACUUAUUUCUUAUAACUGAUAACUGCUUUCGUAGUUGUGAUACCUUGUCAUUAUUUUAUAUGAAUAGUGUUAGUGUUCAUUUUUGGUGCUGUACACUUAAGUUACAUGUAAAUGUUUAUUUUAUCUCAGGCAACUAACUCUUAAACUUUUAAGUUUUUAAUCUUAAAAUUGGGGCUUAACUUGUGUAGCUGUCUUUGAAGAUGAGUACUUUUUCUUCAUGUCUUGGCACUGAGUGAGCAUUAUGGUUUUUAAGCCAGUACCUUUGUUUAAUAUGGUUGCUAUAAUUGUUUGUACAAAGAUUCUAACUCUUUAGCCCUAUGUUUUGCUAGUCUAGAUUUCUCCUUACCCAAGUACAAUAGACUAAGGGGGUUAUCUUAGCUGUUACUUAGAUGUCAAUUAGCAAGAAACCAGUUGUUACUUUUAUAGACACUUAGAUUACCUAUAUUUUUAAUCUUCAUUUAUGUAGAACUGUGAAGGGCUUUUCUUUGGUAACUCCUGACAGUGUAGUUGGUGGUGAAUAUACCUUUACUUCUAAGGCCUGCUUAUACUCACUAGCCUUUUGACCCAUAAGUGAGCAACUUUAUGAUUUAAUUCUCAUUUCUGCUGAGAAAUUUUAAGUACUUGACAUGUGUCCUGGGAUAAUUUUAAAGGUCAAUAAAACAGUUGAGGUGAAUAUGGGUUAUGUGGCAUUUAUUUGAUGAUGUAUUCCGAGGAAGGUAGGAUAAAAAUACCAAGUGUAGAUAAAGGAUAGAACCAAAGUGUAAUUUAGUUGAUCCAUAACUCUUGACGUGAAGCAAGUUUCCCUUAUGGUAGUCUUAACGAAUUCAAAGAAAGCUCAUAUGUUGAAUUGUAGGUGAAGUGGUGUGAAAUAAAUUAUUUUGAUUUUUAUAUGCCCUCAGGCCAGUCCUGGACACUUAGUUUAGUAACCCACAUGUCUUUAUCUUCUACCAGUUAGUUGCAUUGUUAGUUUUUACAAAGCAUUCAUUUAGUUGUUAGGCCUUUCUCCUUAGUCAUCAAUUGGUUAAGGAAAAAAAAUUCUUUCCUGCAGCUUUUUCCCGAUUUCUAUGUAAUGUCAUAAGAAAUUAUUUCCUGACUGAAUACCCUGCUUAAGCGUGAGUUUGAUGUUGGAUUUAGUGGCACUGGUGUAUGUGUUGUGGAAGCUUGACAUCAUCAUUUUAAUGGAUGAUUGAUGGAUCAACGGAACACGGCACCUUUUCUGCUACAGUGCUACAUGCACUGGUGAAAUUUGUGGAAAAGAAUUUAAGAAUUUCUCCAUUAUUUAAGAGUCUGGCCCUACUAUAUAAGCUAGUGGUUUGUAUCCCUGUCUUAUUUUUUGGUUAGAAACAUACUACAAAAACAAAGCUGUGUAAAAGUAUUUGCCCCACUCUUCAGUGCUUGCCUGACUGAAUAUGAUUUUGUUUUUUCUGUUCAUGUCAGUAAGACAUGCUUAUUGUGGAAAUUUUAGACAGUACAGAAAAGUAUAGAGAAUUUUUAUCACCAGCUAAAAAGAGCCUCAUUUGAUAUUUUUGCAUAUUUCUUGCCAGGCUCUCUGCUACUUGUGCAUAUUUUUUUUACAGAUUUAUUCAUUCUCAGUAUAAUUUGUACCUUGGUUUUCCCCUCAGUCUGCAGGCAUUGUUCCAUGCAGUUAACAGCUGUGUCAGCCACUACUAAUUACAUAAUAUUCCACUGUAUGGAUGUGCCAUGAUUCAUAUCUUUCUCAUUGGAUGUUUUAGAUUUAACCUCACAAUGUUACAAAGACUGUAUAAUAAAUUAUUUUCCUUAGGCUGAAUUCCAAGAGAUACGAUUUCUGCGUCAAGGGUAGGAACACUUUUGUAGUUCAUGACUCAAUUUUCUAAGUAGUUAUGGUCAUUUAUUCCCCACCAAAUGGUAUGAGAGGGCUGUCUAGGUGUAUUUUUCUAGAACACGUAACAUUUAUCUGUAUGUAGGCAACAACAAUAAGAUCCAUUAGCCUUAUGAUACUGGUCAAUUGGGCUAAGGAGAUAAUUAGCAGAUAACUUCCUAGGCUUUCUGAGAUUUAAGUACUAGUUCCCUCAUUACCUGUAGGGGAUAGGUUCUGGAACUGGCUUCUCAAAUAUCAGAAUCCACAGAUGCUGAAGUCUCUUAUAGUGGGAAUAUUUGCGAAUAGCCUACACAAUCCACCCAUAUACUUUAAAUAAUUUCUAGAUUAUUUAUAAUACUUAAUAAAGUUAAAUGUUUGUAAAUAGUUGUUAUACUAUAUUGUUUAAGGAAUAGUGAGAAGAAGAAAAAGUCUACAUGCUCAAUACACAUGCAGUUUUUUCCAAAUAUUUUCAGUCUGCAGUUGGUCAGCUCUACAGAUGUAGAACCCUUGGCUUUGGAGGGUUGACUGCAUUUACUGACAUGUUCCAGAAGUAUGUACAUAUGGAUAGCAACUGAUUUUACUUGCACUGUGAAGUAAAUACUCCUCAGAUUACAUUGUGGGAAUUUUGAUUUUUAGUCUUUUUAACCAUUUGUGCCUAGGGCCAGCCCUCAGUAGCCAGCUCUCAUUUUCCUCUUGUAGGCUCCAUUUUGGCCUUUCUGAGCUCUCUAAAGCCAGUAGGAUCUGCUGAGGCAAAGAUAGUCCAUCCCAAACUGGAAAAGUGAUAAGGCUAAAAUACAAACAGGAUCCAUCUCUGCCUGUUUCACUUUGAAUUAUCUUAUGUUGCCAAUCAGUUCUAAACUCUUAGUGUUCUAAGGACACCAUGGGGAAAGAAAGCAUAUUUCUAUGUUCAGAUGUUUCAGGAGUAGCGUUUUUUUUUUUUUUACUGGCAUACUACAUUUAUUACUUCCCAUACUGCUGCUUGUUUCUGAAUAGCUUUUAAAACUUAAUUUAUUCAGUGUUCUUGAAGUGUAACUCUUUAAGUAAAGCGUGUUGUAAAAUAGAAAAUUCCUCUUUCUUUGGGGGUUGUUAGACUGUUCAACAAAUGUGUAGUGUACAGUGGUAUCUCAGUUUACAAACUUAAUUUGUCUUUUGAAUUUGGGGUAGAUGGCUGCAUUCUUGUUUGUGUGAGGAGGGUGGCUGUGGUUGUGUUUGAUGUGGAGCUUGCAAAUGGAAAAUAUUGCUAAACACUUUUGUUUCCAAAUUGUUUGCAAACACAAGUGUUCAUGAACUGAGUAUUUGUAAGUAUGUAGGUUAAAGUAAUUACAAAAGGUGUAGUCUCAGGCUUCAAAGAGCUUAUAAUGCAUUUAUUAAAGAUCAGGAAUACUUAAGGAACAGGCAUUCUGCUAAGAACUUUAUGAGGAUGUUUCAUUCCUUCCAACAGCCUUUCAAAGGAAAGUAGCAUCUCCACUUUACAAAUGAAGGAAAAUUGUGAUAAAUUUCCCAACAUCACAGUGAAUGACUUAAUGGGCUUGGGAGUCUGACAGACUAUCUCAAAAGCCUUCUGACUAAAAUUGAAGUGAUAUGAACCAGCUAUGAUAUUUGGGAGACUAGUAUGAAAAUUGAGACAAAAUUAAGAGAAUGAGUUUCAGAUUAUAGCCAUAGUAAUUAUUAGGAAAAGUGGAUGCCAGAGCCCUUUCAAAAGAUAAUUGAAGACUGAUGCAGUAGAAUUGCCAUGAGUUUGAGGCCAUCCUGGGCAACAUAGGGAGACCCUGUUGCAAAAAGACAAAUUCAGUGACUUAAACACAGGUAGGAGUAAGGGCUGUGUCCAUCCCUCAUUCGGGGGCUGUUAUCUUUCUGUCCUGUUGUAACUUGGAGGAAGGUGGUGCUAUUUACAGAGACAAGAGGCAGUGUGGCUGGUCAUUUAGGGGAAAUGAAUUUAAGCGGGAGGUAUCAGGAAGCUUCUGUGGUUUUCCUGCAGUCUUUUAAGAACUACAACUCCCUUGUCUUCCAUUUUCACCUUCAUUCACUUAUAUGCUGUGCAUGUGCUGGUCACUCAGAAUGGGUAACAUUCACUGUGUCCUAAACUGUCUUGGUUACAUCUCACCCUUUUACUUUUUACUCUUCACUGCUUUGCCUUUGCAUAUUUGCCUGUCACCUGAGGUCCUACCAUUACCUGCAACUCUCAGUAAUGUGGGCUCUGUUAUAGUCUAUAUUUUUCAAGGGGUGAUAGGUGCUGCCCUUAUUCCCUGAUGGAGUGCUUCUGUCAAAAAUCUCUGCUUCUGAAGGAGAGAAAGAUAAUGAAGGGCUUAUAAAACAGAAGACAUUAGAAGCUUUUUCUGAUUAUUAACAAUAAUGAACAUUCACUGUAGAGUUUGGUGUGAUUAUCUCCAUUUUGCAAGUGUAAAAACAGAUUGAGAGGGUAAGCGAACCAACGGUUGCCUAAGGUCAUACAGCAAGUGGGGAAUUAGAUCUCAAACCCAGUUUUUAACCACUUCAGGUCUUUCCUGAUCAUUGUGGUUUUUUAUUGAGUACUGGUUGCAGAACCCAGGGCCUCAUACAUGCCAACCAUAGGCUCUAACACUGAGCCAGCCAUACCCCCAGCUACUGAUCUUUCUGUUUUCAAAGUAGGUAUUUCCAAUCUUCUGUCGUAUCACUGUUUAUAUGCUAUAUAGCACUUAGUGCACCCUGUGGCAAUUUUAUGUAUUGGUUCACUGUGUUAUUUGUGUCUAUUAGAUUGUAAGCUCCAUGAGAGCAGGAGUACUGUCUUGCAUUCCGGAGCCUAACAUGGUAUGUGGUGCAUAGUAGGUGCUCAAUAAAUGUUUGUUAAUGAAGAAA